AAAACUUACUGGUUCUAUUUGAUUCUUGAUUCGAAUCGAUUAUUAAUAUAAUUUAUUCAUCAUUAUCAUCGUUUUUGGCUUUUGAUUGAAUUCAUCAAGGAAACAAAACAAAAAGAAUGGCACAAGCAAUUGAUACAAAUUGUAUGACAUUAACUCGUUAUGUAAUCACUGAACAACGAUCACGUAAAGAUGCUACCGGUGAAUUAACAACAUUACUUAAUGCAUUACAAACAGCUAUUAAAGCUGUUUCAUCUGCUGUACGUAAAGCCGGUAUUGCACGAUUAUAUGGUGUUUCCGGUUCAACAAACGUACAAGGUGAAGAAGUAAAAAAAUUGGAUAUUCUUGCUAAUGAUCUAUUCAUCAAUAUGCUUAAAUCAUCAUAUACAACAUGUUUAUUGGUAUCGGAAGAAAAUGAAACAAUAAUUGAAGUUGAAACUGAACGUCAAGGUAAAUAUAUUGUAUGUUUUGAUCCAUUGGAUGGUUCUUCAAAUAUCGAUUGUUUGGUUUCGAUUGGUUCAAUAUUUGCCAUCUAUAAAAAGGAUAAUAAUAAUCCUCCUGCAAUUAAUGAUGCAUUGCAGCCGGGACGAAAAAUUGUUGCUGCUGGAUAUGCAUUAUAUGGAAGUGCAACAAUGAUUGUAUUAAGUGCUGGUGGUGGACCAGUUAAUGGAUUUCUUCUUGAUCCGGCAAUCGGUGAAUUUGUUCUUACCGAUCCGGAUAUGAAAAUUAAAUCACGUGGUAAAAUCUAUAGCAUUAAUGAAGGUUAUGAAUCACAAUGGGAUGAUGCUGUAAAAAAAUAUGUUAAUUCGAAAAAACAUCCAUCGACUGGCAAACCGUAUGGUGCACGUUAUGUUGGUUCAAUGGUUGCCGAUGUUCAUCGUACAUUAAAAUAUGGUGGAAUAUUCAUGUAUCCAGCUACCAAAGAUGCUCCAAGUGGCAAGCUUCGUUUGAUGUAUGAAGGUAAUCCAAUGGCAUAUAUUAUUGAAAAAGCAGGAGGCUUAGCAACCACUGGCCAAAUACCAAUUCUUGAUCAUCAACCAACUAAAAUUCAUGAACGUGUACCGGUAUUUCUUGGAUCACGUGAAGACGUUCAAGAACUUUUGGAUUGCUAUCAAAAAUCCUGAAUAAAUUCCAAAAUUAAAUUCAUCGAGCUUAAUUAUAAGUGAUAAAGUCAAAAACAAACAAACAAACAAA